AUGGCCUUAGUAAAAUCAAAGACUACAAAAUUUCAAUCCUGUAAAUGUUUAUCAAUUAUCUUGGAUGAUAAUGAUGAAGACUAUGACAAAGGUGAUAGUGAAGAAGUUUAUGUUUUAAUUGUUAAUAAGAUGGUUGAUUUAAAUAAUCCAAUAUUUAAUGAGGAUUAUGAUGAUUUAAAUGAUAAUAUUGAGGUAGAAGAUGGGAGUAUGGAAGAAAGUUCUGAAGAAGUAUUUGAUUUUGAUGCAAUUCCUGAAAUUUCACCUCCACCAAAUAUGUAA